GUGGGCUUCAUCUGCUGAAGUCUCUGCGGGCAUUCGUGGAGUGCUUUGUAGAUAUCACAUCGCCCAUGAUGAUAAAGGUGUUGUGCUUUCCCUGGGUUCUUGAGUUUGGAUUUAGGACUUACCACGCUUAUAUCGUUCAUGAAUUCAUUGAAGGUCUACUACAUAUCAACUACUGCUACCUAAAGAUUCUUCCGUUUCUGAUAGAAUCAAGAUGGGUGACACAGGACAGUACCAAGGCUCACAAGCCUUCAGUCAUAUUGUGCCCCAAGAAAACGAGUCCGUAAACCCUAAUACAGGGUCAUUGAACUAUACAGCACAGCUGCUACAACUUCGUGGCGUCAGACCCGGCAUCGACUUGAGCCUGAACGUGUUUUACAGUUACGGCACGGUGGGGACUUUUGGCCUACCACAUAAUUGGAGUCUCGACCUUCCCUACGUUCUAGAUGGCAAGAGUCUUACUGCCAAUGGACAUACCUAUGCCAUCGACUACGAAUGGUCCGACGACAAGGACUAUGCCUCUGGCCUGAAGUACAUGAAUAACCACGGUAUCAAGUUUGAGAAAAUUGUCCCUCCUCAGGAUCUACCUUCUGGACUUCCUGGACAGUACGGCUACCAGCUUAGUCAGGUUGACGGGUCCAAGGUGUACUUUGAUGUUGAAGGCAAGCCCUUACAGAACUCAGAUAUCUACGGUAAUUUCAUUUACUACAGCUAUCUUCAAGGGUCCGAUGGUGGCGUCGGUUCGCAGAACGUGCUACUGGACUUUGUCCAAGACUCCUGGGGACAACAGAUUACCUUCGAAUAUCAGGAGUCUCAGCUGUGGGUAAUCAAGCUUCCUACAGGCUCAUACACAACAAUCAACUUCUCGGAAGAUGGCAUCCUUACCAUCCAGGACCCUGCAGACCUUACUACUUCCUUUGACUAUCAGCCUUCCCCUGUAAAUAGUAGCUCGAAGGUUCUGUCCAUAAUUACGUAUCCCACUGGACUAUCAUCAAGAUAUGAGUGGGGUACUGUUAAAUACCUGGACGCGAAUGGAUCCGCACAGUAUAUGCCCAAGGUCGAUGAGCAUUACCAAAUGGACUCCGAGGAUACGAUAUAUAGUAACACCUCAUACGACCUCGGAGGGUUCACCGGGGGUAGCACGUAUACGGGUGCCGCCAUCGGUCUCCAAAUGGCUGGUGCUACCGACGCCCUGAUGGAUGGAGCGGGAAGGGCAUUGUCCUACACAUACGAUGUGACCAAGACAAGUAACGACAAGGACGGGAACGGGGUAGCUAGGACAACUACAUAUUUCAACAACUACCACCUACCUAUCCAACAAAUCAAAUAUUCUCUUGACAACAAAGGCAAUUUUGUAGAGGCCUACCAGACUGAAUACGAAUAUGACAUCCCGAUAGACGAAAGAGCCCGAAUUACCGCGUAUAAUUAUCCGGUCGCCACAACAACCUCCAACAACACGAGCCCUACUGGGGACCCGGUUUGGCAGUGCCUUACACGGUCUAGUUCCGCAUACAAUGAAUACGGUAACCUGCUUAGUAGAACCUCGGAGAUCAAUGUCUCUAAUAGUGGUUUCAUUAAGCAGACAACAACAACGAAUGUUUAUAUGACAACAUCUUGUAACAUUCAGCUUGUAAGCAAAUCUACCCAACGGGAUGAGAUCACUCAGUCCGAGGAGCAGACGGUGAAUACAGCAACCGAAGAUGGAAGAGCCGUGGCUUCUACUACAUUCUCUUUCCUUCCUGGAGCCGGUCAGCAGCUCAAACCGUGGACCCGACACUCAUAUGGAUAUGACAGCCAGGGUAGAACCACCACGGAUACUCUGGCCUGGGCACCGGACGCGUCGGUGCCCGAUGGUAGCGUCAGCACAGUAACUAAUACGAUGGCCUACUCUUUUGACAGUGGCACGCUUACCCAAACCAUCUACGACGCGGACAAAAAUGCCACCGUCGUCAAAUACGACAUGCGCAAGUACGCAGGGCCGAUGAUAAGCAAGACCUUGCCUUUAGGCCAGACCGAAAGCUUCGACUAUGACAAUAUCUGCAGGCUGAUUAAACAUACCGAUGCAUUGGGUUAUGUCACUACGAAUACCUACACAGUUGGACCAAAUGGUGGUUCGGAAAGUGUGAAAUCACCUGGAGGCUACGUCAAGCUUACGAAGUACGAUGUCUUAGGACGCGAAUGCGAAGUUCUUGACAAUGGAGAUCCAACUCAGCCAACUUCAUCCGACGCCGCUAGGCUUCUGAGGCGUCAAGCGUACGACUUUCUUUCUCAAGUUAAGGAGUCAACGGACAAUUUAGGUCUAGUGACUAAGUACGUUUACGACGCAUUAUCCCGUCCACGUAGUGUCACCGACCCAAAGCAAAACGUCUUGAGCUACCAAUACGACGAUGUGAACCUUGUAAUCACCCAGGAUCUCAACGGAGAUAUUCGUUCUGUUACUCAGCUGAACGGACGCACAGAGGCGCUCAAAGUCGUUACUUACCCGGAUUCAAGUGACGAUCUGGCUACGUAUCUCCUCGAGACUGAUACUGUAUACGAUGGGAAUAAACGACCUAUUAGCACAACGCUGAUUCAGAAACCCAAGUCAUCUGGAGAUGGCAUUACGCUUGAAGAGGCUGAUAUUGAAUACGGCCCUCAGUCCCUCGUUUUCUCACGCACCAUCACCGGCUCGGCCGCUGGGGGUAAGGAUACUGUUAAACGGCAGUUCACUUACGAUCUAAUGGGCAACACGUAUACGUGGCUCAAGGAUACCACGUAUGCUGAUGGUAGGGAAUACCAGGUCAGAGGCCCCAUCAACAUAUAUGAUUGGAACAAUCGACUUGCCGUGACCAGGAACCAGCUUGGGCAGAAAGAGUUGAACUACUACGAUGCCAAUGGCUGGCUUAGCAAAACUGUACGAUACGACGGGUCUGAAGUGAAUUUGACCUGCGAUGAUGUUGGACAGUUCAUCACGACGACCUAUCCUUCGAGCUCGAUAGAGGUUGAUUACGAUUCUGACGGGCAUAUUACUCAAGUGAAAGACGGAGACGAUAUCAUAAAGUAUGGUAUUACCUCGGACGGCACUCUAGAGAAAACCACCUAUAGUGACGGUCUCACGCAAGUCAAUACUCUCGAUAAAUACAGUCGACUUGUGACGCAAACAGACGUCUUUGGCGUGGCUCGGACAACCGAAUACGGCUCGUUCGGAGAAGUAUCUAGUCGGUCAUGCAAAAAAGACAAAUUAACCUACAACUAUGGCACGGCUAACCAUAGCAACGGUCAAUGCAUUGGUUUUAAUCUUGUCGGCGGACGUUCUUAUAUCAAUACGAUCCGGUAUGAUGGUUUCAAUCGCCUGAGCGGCACAACCGCCACGGAUUCUAAUGGCGAGACGCUUCUUGACUCUUCUUACACUAUCGAUGGGAAAGGGAAAGCCAUAAAUAUUAUAACCAGGUCAACUACUGCUCCGGAGUUGAACGUGGAUCGCACUCUCGUCUACGAUGGUCUCGGCCAAGUCACAUUCGAUAGCCGUCCUUCGGCAGGCCUCGGCGAUACUGCGUAUACGUACGACGGAAACUCCAACGUCCUUUCCACCACGGUUGAUGGGAAGACAACUACAAUGUCGUAUAAUGAAAUCGACCAGCGUACAGAUGCUGGAUUCGUAUACGAUACACUAGGGCGGCUGGCCACCGAUGACCAGGACCAGAAAUACCAAUUUGAUGAUCGGGACCGUUUGUUGUCGGUGCAGACGGGAGGCGCGGCAUCAGAUUUCGAGUAUCGAGCGGACGACUACCUCGCCCGCCGUAAAGGUGUUUUAGACACGGUUGAAAUGUACUACAACAGCGGCAAGGUUAACUCGCUGACUGUAUCGAAAGAGAACAAAUCAACUGAGAACACGAGCUUCUUCGGAGGAUCCAAGGCUAUUGUUGCAAGUUACACGGACGAGAAGGCGUCCGACUACUUCUUCGACUCUGUGAACUCCACAGCGCUGCUGGUAGGCGAGGAUCACAAUACAUCCAUCACCUAUGAUACCUAUGGGAAGGCGAACCCCUCGUCCACCGUCGACACGCGGUCGAACUUCGGCUUCGGACAGGAAUUCUGCGAUGAGACGAGCGGACUGGUAUAUCUGCGCUCUAGAUACUACAGUCCCAAGAUCAUGGGGUUCAUCUCCAUGGAUCGCAACCACCAGGAGAACCGAUACGCAUAUUGCGAGGGUGACCCCAUCAAUAAUUUCGAUCCCCUAGGGCAAUCGUGGGAAACUGCCCUCGGGGUCACCGCCUUGGUUGUCGGGGCCGUCAUCGGGGCCGUCGUCACCGCCGGCGUCGGCCUAGUUGUCGAAGCAAGUCUCGGCGCCGCCGUUGGUGCGUUCGGGCUUAGUGAAGUGGCCGCCGCCACAGCAUCUUCCGUAAUCGGAGUCGCUUCGGCCGCGAUAGGGGGAGCAGUUGGCAAUGUCGCCGGCGGCUAUGUCAGCGCCGCCAUCCAAGGCAAUAACUACACUGGGAUGGAUGCCCUCGUCGACGCGCUGACGGGUGCCGCCGGUGGAUCUCUUGGCAAGUGGACCGAGCCCGCAGCCCAAGCGUUUGCGGCCAGCGCUAGGUACGGCGAAAGGGCAUUAACUCCGUUGGCGCAGCAGGCUCUGGCGAGCGGAAUCACAGGAGCUGUCAACAAUGGAACGCAGUCUAUCGUUCGACCGAUCCUUCUAGGCGAGCCCAUAAGUCCGCUAAAGGUUGGUACUUCCAUGCUUAUGGGAUUCGGCUUAGGCGUAACCAAGACGUAUGCCUUGGAUAAGGUGAAGGUGCAGUAUCGCGAGACUUCGCCCCGUGUUCGGGCUGCAGCAAGGCAGUUCCUGGGGCGUGUGCGAGGAAAGAUACAAGCUAGUAGGAUGAAGAGCAUUAGUAUUUACGACAGCAGCGGGGUAGAUCUUGUUGGCUUCAAGAGUCUUUCGGGGAGUAGCUCGGCUGUUGACGCCGAGGUUUCCACUCUGGCGAGUUCAGCGUUAAAAUCUAGGCUUGGGACUUUGAGUCAGGAACAUGAGGAUCUUCCUCCGUUUAUAACCGAACUUUGAGAGCCGGACGGUUACGAUCUUUAAUCUCCCAAUGCAACAGGAGAUCCGCUUGGAUGUCGCUUAGACGACAAAGCAAAACGAAAUCGAAGAUCUCGUCAAGGAGGGCCUCCCCGCAUGCUUCUAGGGAGAGCACUAUUCUUGAAAGGGGCGAAGUGAAACGGAAAGGCGGCUUCUUUCCUUGAAACCUGACGAGCUGCGUGCAGAGAGGUGCUUCAGAUAGAUGAAUUAAGAUGUUUUUACACAGCCAUUUAAACGUAGCUAUGUUGCAUUUAUACGCUUAGCUACUCGAAUCCGUCAAGAGGUAGUAGUGUAGUAAAUAUCGAACAAGUUUCCCGCUUUGAAAAGCAAGUAUCAAAUCUAAGCCUCUUCUAUCUCUGCAUUAUCAGGGGGUGUAAAUGGAGUUUCCUGGGCUUUCCAAGCUUGCGUUACAUAU